AUGGCCGAACCAACUGAAAAGAAGGAAGCUGAACAAAAAGCUGCUCUCCCAGGGUAUGCUCUUGUCAAAUAUUCAGACAUGGUACCAGAAAUGAAAACAGAAACACUGGAACUUGUCAUUGUUGCCUGUGAGAAGUUUGUCGACAAUAAUGAAUUGGCUGCCCGAUCAAUUAAAGAGGCUAUGGAUAAAAAAUUCAAGGGGCGUUGGCAUGUAGUUGUCGGUGAAGGAUUUGGUUUUGAAAUAACAUAUGAACUACACAAAUUAUUGUAUCUGUUCUUUGGAGGUAACUUAGCCAUUUUAAUCUGGAAUAUGUAA